AUGAGCAGAGCAGAACCUUACAGCUGGGAGAACGGCGUGCCGGUUUUCCGACCAAAAUACGAUGAAUUUAGGGACUUCCACGCUUACAUGGAAAAGGUCAACGAAUAUGGUAAAAAAAGCGGUAUUGUUAAGGUCAUACCGCCAGGAGAGUGGGUUUCACAACUGGAGAAACCGUUGCAGGCCGAGACCUUGCAAAAAAUCCGGAUCAAAUCGCCCAUUCAGCAGCAUUUUAAUGGUUCCAAAGGUGUAUUUGUGGUACAGAAUGUGGAAAAGCCAAAGACAUACAAUAUUAUACAAUGGAAGGAUCUAUCGUAUGAUUAUCGGCUUCCGGGUGGAUCCAGUGACUCGACAAGUAGUGGGGCUGAAAAUCCACGAGGUUCUGCUACGGACGAUCAUCGAGAGGAGAAUGAUGGGGUGCGGAAGUCGCCUUCUCCACUGAAAUCCUCGAAAGUGAAGCUAAGAAAUCACGAAAGCUUCACCAAAGAGGACUACGAGGACUUUGCACAUCACUACAAUCACGACAAUCUGGGCGAGUUCCAUGACCCAAAAAGGUUGCAGUUUUUGGAGUCCUAUUUCUGGAAGACUCUGGCAUUUACACCACCCAUGUACGGUGCUGACACACUGGGCACCUUGUUUCAUGAGAAUUUAGAUGUGUGGAACGUUUCAAAGUUGCCGAGUCUUUUGGAUUACGUGCGCACCAAAGUUCCAGGUGUCAACGACUCCUAUCUUUACGCAGGCCUGUGGAAAGCCUCAUUUGCUUGGCACUUGGAGGACCAAGACUUGUACUCCAUCAAUUAUAUUCACUUCGGGGCUCCCAAACAGUGGUAUGCAAUCCCUCAGGAGCAUUCUGAUAAAUUUUACAAAUUUAUGCAAGAGCAAUUUCCAGAGCAUUCAGCCAAGUGUGACGAGUUUCUAAGACACAAGACCUUCCUUGUAUCUCCCAAGACACUGGAAAAAAACGGCAUACCGUGCAACAAAAUCGUGCACUAUCAAAACGAAUUCGUAAUCACAUAUCCUUACGGUUAUCAUGCUGGGUUCAAUUACGGGUACAAUCUGGCUGAAUCUGUCAAUUUUGCAUUGGAGGAUUGGCUGGAUAUUGGUUCAAAGGCCAAAAAAUGUCUAUGCGUUGACGAUGCAGUCGGCAUCGACAUCGAGACCUUAAAAAAUGAUUGGGCCGCCGGCAAACAAAAGAGGGGCAUGAACGAUAUUAAGGAAGAGGCCCCCGACUCCCGCUUUUCACGCAAAGAUCCUGUAAAAAAACUGAAAACUGAGGCCCGACCUAGCAGCCCGUCAUUGAUACGAGAAAAGCUAGUCAAACCAGCGGACUUGAAGAAGGAAAAAUCCAACUUCGAAGUAGUGUGCCCAACUCCUGGGCGCUCUUUGGCAUAUAACAGAUUAUCUGACCGGGAAACUACUAAAAUGAAAGGUUUUAACGAGCUGUUACAUCAUAGCUCUUAUGAGCUUCAAAGUAUGGAGGAUAACGCCCAACAGAGUGCCAUACGUUCCACUACUCCCAAUCCUGGUCAGUACUAUAGCGGUCUAAGUCAGUCCCUGAGCCGAAUAUCGUCACCUUUACUCUCCCGCAUGAUGGAUCUGUCAAAUAUUGUGGAGCCAACGUUGGAAGAUCCGACGCUAAAAUUCAAAAAGAAUACUUCAGUUCAAACACAGGGCGCAAAUCCGUCCCAAUCAAAUCAAAUGCUUGAUGAUCACGACGACAACAUGCUAGCUCUCAGUCUGGCGUCCAUGGCAAGUGGCGCCUCAUCUCCCCGAUACCCACUUCCGCCCAUCCAACCUAGACCAUACUCACCGGCGGGCGCUGGUGACACUAUGUUAGCGUCGGGACCGAUGUACGAGCAAAACAAUCCCUUCAGUUAUUAUUCCUCAUUCAAAAGUGCUGUGAACUCACCGCAACCCAGUUCACCUGGCCUCUCAAAUCUUCCCUUCAUAAAGAGGCUCAAAAGUCCUAAUAGAGUCACGCUCAAUAUAUCUCGUGAGUCUUCGAGAAGUCCGGUAUCGUUAAAUGGAGAGUUUAAGUCACCGCUGUCAACUAAACUCCCGACCAACGGGACAACGGUUAUCAAUUCUAACCUAAGUCAAACGACAACUAUAGAUAGGUCAUCUCCUUCGUCACCUACGGAAGCAAAGCCAUCAGUGCCCGAAUCCCCGAAAAGGCCUGCCACUCAGUCGAAAAUAAGUUCUGAAGAAAUCAUUGUCUCAGAUAAAGGCAAAGUUUACGUAUGCCAAGAGUGCAAACGUCAAUUUUCUUCUGGACAUCACCUAACGCGACAUAAGAAAUCAGUUCAUUCAGGAGAGAAACCUCACUCCUGUCCCAAGUGCGGCAAAAAAUUUAAAAGGCGCGAUCAUGUACUGCAGCAUUUGAACAAGAAAAUCCCAUGCACUGCCGAUGGCGGCGAGAGUCCACCACCUAAAUCUGCCGAAAACAGUAGGGAGCUCGCUGUGGAGAAUAGCGGGGAUCGGUAUGCCGAGUCUGUGAGUGAUGGCGCUUUGCGAAGCGUUUAA